CUGCCUUUGUUUCAGAAUAGUUUCAGCAUCAAUUGCCUGUGGUAGAUCCUUUUGACAUCUUAACUCUUUGAGUUUAUGGAUACACAUGAGAAAAUUCUUAAACGAGAGCAUGCUGCUUCUGUUGACUAGUAAAACAUUUACGUGGCAGAGAGAACAUGUGAAACACCAGCCUUCCUCACCUGGAAGAGAAAGACCAUGAGAUCUGAUUUCUAUCUACUUGAUCAGACUCUUAACGUAGGACUGACUGCCUGGAUCCAGACCCAGCACUCCAGGGUAAUCAGAUUCCUCACAAGAAGGAGAUUCUAAUUUCGGAUUCCUUGGUGGAGAAAAACAAAACACUCUGGUCUUGCUUCCAAUGAUGCAAGUGUGAUUGUUGGCGUCUUCAUGAGCUCCAGAGGUCACAGCACGCUACCACGGACUCUCAUGGCCCCUCGGAUGAUUUCUGAGGGAGAUAUAGGAGGCAUUGCUCAAAUCACCUCCUCUCUCUUCCUGGGCAGAGGCAGUGUGGCCUCCAACCGGCACCUCCUCCAGGCUCGUGGCAUCACCUGCAUCGUUAAUGCUACCAUUGAGAUCCCCAAUUUCAACUGGCCCCAAUUUGAAUAUGUUAAAGUGCCUCUGGCUGACAUGCCUCAUGCCCCCAUUGGACUAUACUUUGACACAGUGGCUGACAAGAUCCACAGUGUGAGCAGGAAGCAUGGGGCCACCUUGGUGCACUGUGCUGCAGGGGUGAGCCGCUCGGCCACUCUCUGUAUUGCUUACCUGAUGAAAUUCCACAGUGUGUGCCUGCUGGAGGCGUACAACUGGGUGAAAGCCCGGAGGCCUGUCAUCAGGCCCAAUGUAGGCUUCUGGAGGCAGCUGAUAGACUACGAGCGCCAGCUUUUUGGGAAGUCGACAGUUAAAAUGGUACAGACACCUUAUGGCAUAGUUCCAGACGUUUAUGAGAAAGAGUCCCGACACCUGAUGCCUUACUGGGGGAUUUAAUGCCGCCAAAGCCUGCAUCAGCAGCCCCUUGAGCAGUACCAGCAUCUGCUACACACCGUCUGUUCCCUUCUUCACUUUUCUUUUCACAUGGUUGACUUUUGGUUCUCCCUGAAGUGUUUUUUACACUGGGUAUUCAAGUUUAUUUUGAGAGGGAGGGAGGGGAGGAACAUAAGGGGAAUGCAUACAUUGCUAGUAACAUUUUUAACACUAACAUUUUGGAAUAGUGUUUAUGAAAAUCUUUAACUGGCUUUUAAUCAUUUUUAAUAAUUUGAACAGUUUAAUAAAACUGUUUGGUUUUGCUCUAUUCUGAAUUCCAUGCCUUUUGGCAUCAUGACAGGUGCAGGAGGAGCUCAGUGCAAAAAUCACUUUGGGCCCUGAUUAACCCUUUAGAGACAAGCUUUGCCUACGGCUGCUGACCACACAAGUGCUUAGGGAAGAUUGAUACCAGCUUCAGUCUCUACUGGCCUCUUUCCUUUCCCUUCUAUUAUUUAGUAACUUUGUAAGUUAAAAAAAAAAAAUCCUUUAUUAUUGAGCUGUUAAUUAUAAUAAAAUCUGCUGCAAACAUCCUCUUGGAAUCAAUGUGCCCCAGGACUAUAUUAGCAUUAUUUUUAAUAAACCUAUCUGCUUACCACGUUAUAAUUUUUACUAAGAAGAA